AUGCCUGUUGCCAGUCUAUGGUUUAAUCUCCAAUUGCAAUUGACGUGUUAUACGAUGAUCUGUUGACAGCCACAAAAUGACAGCGAUAACUAGAAGCAGUCAAACCCUUUGAAAUGUAAAUAAAGGAUUUCGAGUGCCAAUCAUUGUGUAUCCAUGGACUCUACAUGGUCCCUUUGUUGUAGUGGCUAGACAACAAUAUAAAACGAGCAUGGGCCUGUUUCACAUGACACUGCGCUCCAAUGUGUGUAACUGCUCACCUCUAUAGGGGAAGACCAUAAUUUAAUCAUAAAACUCUCUGCUUGAAGUUGGUGUUGGUAAAUUGUGUUGUUGACUGUCGUCAUGCAACAUUGAUAACCUUCAAGGGAGAAAGGUUGUUUUAGAAUGGGGGUUCAACCAUGGCCCAUAAACUGGGCUACUGUCUGAUUGAUGGCACUAACUUCGACCUGACGCGGAAGUGUGCUAAAAAUUGAUUUUUAGUCUCCAUCGUGGAACUUUCGAAGCAUGGAAGUAGAAAUAUACUGAAAUUCCAUUUCUUGAGCAAGGUCUGAAACAUGGGUUUUGAAAAAGCUGGCGAUUCCCUUCUUGUCAGGUAACAUCACUGGGUCUGCAUCCUCCCGCAUUCGCAAUAUGGCACACGUGGGGGUGCGAGAUGCAACGGGCCGCUUCACCGAGACAUUCGAGAUCUUUGCGAAGCUCCCAGGUCCAGGGUCGCUCACCUCAAUCAACGUACGACACACCACCACCGUGGCAGAGCUCAAGUCCCUGAUCGAACUAGUGUGUGGCAUCCCCUCUGACUUGCAACUUCUGUCGUAUCGUCAUCACUCUGUUCUCACCGACGGGGAUACCCUGGGCAGGCUGUGUGUCAUACCGGGGGCGCGCCUACCCGUAAAAGUCACGUAUGGAUUCGAUGGGUUGGUAGAUGCUGCAUUGAGAGGCGAUUUGAAAGAGGUGCUGAGAAAAGUUUCAAUGACGAUGGAUGUUGGUGGGAUGUCACAGAGGCGAUUUGUUGCGAUGUUUAUUGCUGCACACAGGGGCUUUCACUACCUUGUUGAUAGAUUGCUCUGCGAUGGUGCUCUUCCGAAUUCCCAAACUCCAUCCGGCAGGACAGCCCUACACGUUGCCUGCGCCAUGGGCAACAAUGGAUGCAUCGACAGCCUCCUUCAACACGGUGCGUUGCUAGAAAUUAAAGACGCCUCCCACCAAACACCGGCAGACACUGCCGCCUCCUGCGGACAGCAGGGAGCACAACGACGGGUCGUGCUCUACGCAAGGAUUCUUGCCAACAAGUCCACCAAGGAAAAAACAUGCACUUGGUCCACGUCUCCGAGAUUCCCAAAGUCCAAACUUGGGAGUAGCGUAGCACCGACCAUAUCCCUGAAGGAUCUGGCGAUCACCCCCGGUCCAGAACUCAUGAUAACCGCUUGGAAGGGUCGGGAACAUCGUCAUCAUUACUUUGAGAGGAACCGGAGGCCUUUGUCUUCAAAAUCGGCUCAUAGUUCUUUAUUUCAGAAUGACAGUGCUACGUCAAGCACCGAGAGCUGGGAGUCUUUCCGCGAUGUUGCCAAAGGCAGUCAACUCCACGCACCAUCCAAGACAGAGGAUUCUUCUCCACAUGGAAGCAAGAUCACAACCGAUAGAGAAUCGAUGGCACGCUCAGUUCGUCUCCACGAUCGUCCUAAUUCAGCUCUUUCAUCAACAGCUGGACGAAGACCCAAAAGUGCCACGCCCAAAUCAGUCAAGUUUGCACCUGACGACUCACGUUCACCGAGACCGCCCACAAACAUGGACAAGUAUUCCGGCAGCAAAAACAUCCAGAAUAGUGUACCAAUACCAUCGGAUUCAUACUAUAGGUCACCUGUACAAGUUCCAGUUAGUAGUCGCCGAUCACUGGACUCGGAACAGACCGAUGCUGCAAAAAGUUGUCUUCGGAAAAUACUCGUCACAAAUGACAAUGAAAGGCACAACUCCAGGCAAAAUCUUGGUACUUAUCAAACCAACAAUGUCAAUGGACAAGUACCUAGAAGUGAUCGUGGAGACGGUAAUGAAAUCACUAUGGGAAAUAAGGCCAAUGGUUCGUCCUCAAACAGCAGUGAUCAGUCCUCGGAAGAACUAGACUUAAGAGAGAUAAAUGAUAUGAGAAUCAACUAUCUAAACGAUAAGCUCCGACAUGUAAUAGAUCUACCAGUUGAACACCCUCAACGCCUGCAGUUUAUGAAGGAAGAGGAAAGCAAGCUCAGUGAUGGGUCUCCAUCACCGUAUAAGGUUUCCAAAAGGAAACCAACUCCUGAAGAAAAUGAACAAGCUUUCAAUGACUGGCUUGCCUCCAAGUCACAAGACGCACGAGAUCGGAAGCUAGUUAACAAGGUUAACAGAAUGCUGAAUGAUGCAUUCGGUAAGAAAGAUGAAACUUUGGUCGUCGAGUGCGAUGACCAGGUCCAGAUAAAAACUCCGCUGACAUUCGAAGCUUGGGCUGAAAAGAAAUCUAACCAGGGGAGACUUCGCGCCGAUAAGCUGGCAGCCGAGUCGGUUAAACAGGACCAAGAGACGGAAAAGAAAGCUGCGACAAGACUGAACGGUUGUAAAUCGACUGAAACCUGGCUAGCCGUGAAAAUUGAAAAACAAAAGCAGGAGAGGCAAGCUGCAAAGCAAAAGGAGGAUGAGAAGCAACGUGCCAAAGCCGGUCGCGAAGAAGCAGCGCAGGAAGUCUUUAAGAAGUGGUGCAUGCAGAAACAAUGGGAAGAGCUCCAGAUGCUGAAGGACAAACCACGUACGAAGAGGCGUCCCAAAUCAGGUACCAACCGGAAGACGGGAAGCGCUCAUCGCCUGACUUCGACCAGGCGAACACGGUCACAUUCUGCACCACCUCGACGGAUCAGGAUCACACCAUCAUGAUGACAUAAACAAUUAAAUUAUAAAGUUACCGAUUUAGUUGAAAUUGUACGUGGUGAUUCACUCUUUCCUGGUGAUUCGGAUUCUCGACAAAGUGAGAUUGUAUACAGCUUGCUGUGUCAUGUUAAACCAAUAUCUGUAUCAUUUUAAACAGUUUUCGGUACAGGCGGGAAGGGGGGGUACAGGCGGGAAGUUUGUGCGUAAUAGUAGUACUGUGCUCGACGUUACCAAGACAAAAGCAAAUAUCUUAUUCCACAUAAUUUGCCUGGCAUCAUGUUUGCACCCCAACGCACUUUUCUUGAAUAUGUAGUGGUGAGAAGGUUUAUCAUUUAUUUUUGUUAAAUAAACAUUCACAUUGCUCAAUAGUAUAAUAGGCCCGUUUAUUUAGUUUCAUCUA